GAAACAGAUACUACAAAAAGCUAGGAAAAUGAAAGCGACGUAUCUUUAAUAUCUUUAUGUAGCUUGUUUGCUCAUAAAGAAAACAUCAAGAUGUUCUCUACCACCAACUACCGUAUCAAGAUGCCCAGCACAGACAAACACGGUUCAUACUUUUUUUGGGUUUACUUUUUAAGGCCUCCCUUAAUCCAUCUCUUCUAUAGGGAUAAUCCCACAACCGUAUGCGCACCAAAACAAUGGGAAUAUUGUUGAGGCAACAUGUCUACUCCACAGAGAUGAAUUAGGGGGAGGUCUAAAUUUCGUCCAGGGAGUGCAGCGAAUCGGAUUGGUGUUUCUCAAAGCGCACGUAGUGUCCGAGUUACCAGGUGACACCUACCGAAAUUUGGACCUCUUGAACAAUCUGCUUCCCGGCAUUGGAUCCCUCGUUUGGUUAAGGCUACCGCUCCUGAAGCAUGUCCAUGUUCCUAACACCAUGAACAAGAUCCUUGGUGUAUCUUCCUCCUAAGUACAUUUUUAUUAUAUAUCCUUGUUAUGUUCUUCUUGAACUUGUUCCAAGGAUCUUCUUCAUACUUAGUGAAGAUUUUUCCUCUCGUCAAAGAGGAAUAAUAUGCAUUGGGGGGUCGCUCUAAUUUGGGUUCUCAGACCGAUAUUUUGCGCAUUAGCCGAACGUGCUGGCGUAUUUGCUGAAGGGAGGCUUCAUCGAAAUUACGGUUGCUUUCUUUAAGGCUCAACUUUCAAUGGUCAUUGGAGUUGGUCACUGAGAUCGAAGAGGCGACCCCUUCUUGAGAGAACCAACAGGGGAAAACGAAGGGAAAGGGGAGAGCCUUGAAGGGGGUCCCUUCCGUUCAGAGUCAUGAUGACCAUUGAAGGCUGAGCUUUAAUUUCUUGCGGUAUUCUCCGGAAUGAUAGCACUUGGGUGGCUUCUUUUAGUACCGCAUCUUCUGCUUGAAAACGAACAUGUCGUGCGGUUUUUUUGGCUCUUUGUUGGUAUCUCUUCAUUCGCCUUCACGUGUCUUGAUGGCGUUCUAGACGGAAUGUGCUGCAAAUUGACAACUGAAGAUUAUAGUCAUAGAAGUGCUGCCGAUAGAAGAAAACAAGCAGAGGACCAAACGGAAACGACCAGUCCGAGAAAAAGAACUGCAGAGCAAACGGAAACUUCUACACAGGAUCGUGCCCAAUAUUCCUACCUCUGCGAAACCGGUCGCAUGUAUGGCUCUAUCGUGGCAUCUGUGACAGUGCAGAGUGGCCUAGUGCUCAACUGGCAUGCCUUUAGCGCCGUUGGGAUCGCCUGGGGUGUGCUGGCAGCGUGGAUUGCGUGGAUGGAGAUUUCGAACGACAGUUUCAGUCAUGUUCGUGAGAGUAAGGUGAGAACAAGUAGUGCCGAGUUCGUAGAAGCAGCAGAUGAGUCCUCGAGGACGAAAAUGACGCCCCUAAGCAGGUCAACAUCUCCAUCUUCAUCGACUUCUUCAUCUACACCUAAAGAAGGAAGCACCACCACGACUGCGGUUUCUCCUUCUGGCCCUUCUUCUGCCUCCUGCAGUUCUGACCCAACUAAAAGUUAUAUGGACAACAACAACAACGCUCCACGAGCAUCCACCACCUCCGCGUCCACAUCCUCAGCUCUGAUCACUCGCAACAGUGCUACAGCGGUUUUGAUCACAUCUUCUGUCCUCUUGUCCCCAGACGUGGACUUUUUUCUCUUCCGAACUAGAGUCCUAGGAUUUGAGUCACGUGGCCAAGCUCUAGCUAAUAACCUAGGAACGGUUGGAUGGGCCAUUGGUCUGUGGAUGUUUCGGAAAGUAGUUUUGGACUGCAAAGUUAAGGGUACUUACUUAGGUUAAAAGGGUGUCCUUGAUGUUACCGUUCGUUUUGCCUUCCUGAUUCUGAAGGGGGAAAGGCAUAGCGAACGGGGUAAACGAACACCAAAAACCUACCUCUAACAAAGGUUUUCAACAACAUGGCAAUAUAGUACCAACAAGGUCAACUGCUUCACCACAACCACCAUCCUCUUCUAGACUGCGCGAACAAGCAAAACGGGCAUUCACGAUCUGGGUAGUGCUGUCCAUUGUCCCUUGGAUCGUCUACGUCCGGUUUUUUCCGAUCUUGAGUACAAUUGAGAAAUUGUGCUCGGAAGCUGCGCGUGCCUGCACUUUCAUGUUCUGUAACCUGUUGAUGCAGCAUGCGUCGAGGGGAGAAGUUGAAGAUGUCUUGGGCAUCAAUAAAGAAGAUGACGACAAAGACAAUAAAGUUGCCACCAGCGACAUCAUCGAGGACUCCACGUCCAGACCUUCCACUGCUACUGCCUCCACUUCUUCGUCUUCCACCUCCACUUCUACUUCUUACGUUGCAACCCGUUUUGCAAUUCUACAAGGGUCUGGAGCUAUAGCACUUUUCCUUGCGCGUAAGAUCGACCUUUCCCUUUUGAGUUAUCUGCAAAUUUCCACCUUCCAAGAACCGGAGUUGUUACAACUCGUCACUGCCUACAGUGUCCUACGCAUCUCUGCUGCCGUCUUGAUUGUGUCUGUUCUUGUGCCGAGAAUGCGUCUGGCUGUCGACGGGUUGUGA